AUGUAUUACUCUCUAUAUAUAAAUAAUAAGAAUGGAAGCUUAAUAUACCAAAAAGAUUUUACUGAUAUCCUAUUAACUGCAAAUGAUAGAAUUCGUCUUGCUUCAACAUUUCAUGGAUUAUGUACAAUAGCAAGACAGUUAUCACCAACUAAGUCACUUAAACAAUUUAAUAUGAAUAAUGAGGGUGGUAUAAAUAUGAUAAUGACAGAUUUAUUUAGAUUGGAAUGUUUUGAAACUAUGACAGGUUUAAGAUUUUUCAUAGUAGCUAGUCCUUCUACUCAGGGUAUUCAAACUAUAUUAAAGAAAGUUUAUGAAGCUUAUACAGAUUAUGUUUUAAAGAAUCCUUUUCAUGAUCUUGAUAUGCCUAUUCGUUGUUACAUGUUUGAGAAGGAGAUUAAUAGGAUAUUUUCAUAA